UCCCUUUCUCUCGUCUCUUCAGUCCCUCCGGAAACAUUGGCUCUCUCGUGCGUGCCAUGAGAAGCCUCCUCAGACCUUCAGCUUCAAUCUCUCUCGCCGCCAGGCUCCUCCUUUCGCAGAGCCACUUCAGGAGCGGCGCGUCACGGGCGACUGAACUAGCGGAGCUCGCCUUCGUCUCGAUUCGCAGUCCCUUCGCCCGGUGGGUCUUCACCGACGACUCUCCUCCCCCUCCCGAAUGGGUCGAGCCCUUCAACGACGUCUCCGACAUAGCCUCCACCCCGCGGAACCCGACCCCGUCUCCGUGGGUGGGUCACAUUCUCAAUCUCUUAGACGGGUCCACGGACAUGGAAUUAAAGCUGGAUGACUUUUGUCGUAAGUUCUUGAUCAAGCUGUCCCCGAACUUCGUGUCUUUCGUGUUGCGGUCUGGUCAGGUUAAGGGAAGGCCAGACGUUGCCGUCAGGUUCUUCAGGUGGGCUGCUCGGCAGGGGAGGUACAAGCACAGGAUUGAGUGUUACGUGUCUUUAAUUGAGCUUCUCUCAUUAUCUGGGGAUUUGGAUGGAGUGACGAGUGUCUUUGAGGAGUUGAGGAACUUGGGCUUCUUGAUGACGGUGUCGGCAGCUAAUUCUUUGAUCAAGAGCUUCGGCAGUGUUGGGAUGGUUGAGGAGUUGUUGUGGGUGUGGAGGAAGAUGAAGGAGAAUGGUAUCAAGCCGAGCUUGUAUACCUACAACUUUUUGUUGAAUGGUUUGGUGGAUUCCAUGUUUAUCGAGUCCGCAGAGCGGGUGUUUGAGGUGAUGGAGAAUGGGAGGAUUGGACCUGAUACUGUGAGCUACAACAUAAUGGUGAAAGGACUUAGCAAUGUGGGUAAAACCCAGAAAGCGAUGGAGAAACUAAGGGAUAUGGAAACGAAGAGUGUGGAGCCGGAUAAGAUCACGUAUAUGACUUUGAUUCAGGCGUGUUAUGGUGAAGGGGAUUUCAGUUCUUGUUUGGGACUUUACCGUGAGAUGGAAGAGAAAGGUUUAGAAAUCCCUCCUCAUGCGUAUAGUUUGGUCAUAAGUGGGCUUUCCAAGGAGGGAAAAUGUAUGGAAGCUUAUGCAGUUUAUGCAAGCAUGACUAGAAAUGGUUAUAGAGCAAAUGUGGCAAUCUACACAGCUUUGAUUGAUUCAUAUGCAAAAUGCGGGAGCAUAGAAGAGGGAAUGAGGCUCUUUGACAGAAUGAAGGAUGAUGGGUUUCGCCCGGAUGAGGUCACGUAUGGGGCUGUCAUUAACGGGCUGUGCAAAAAUGGGAGGUUGGAGGAGGCACUUGCACACUUGGAGCACUGUCAGAAUAGUGGGGUGACGGUUAAUGCCAUGAUAUAUUCUAGUAUUAUUGAUGGUCUAGGGAAGGCAGGGAGAGUGGAUGAAGCUGAGAAAUUUUUUGAGGAAAUGGCUCAUAAGGGAUGUUCACGGGAUUCUUAUUGCUAUAAUGCCUUGAUGGAUGCAUUUACAAAGUGCGGUAGAAUUAAUGAAGCACUGGCGCUCUUCAGGAAAAUGGAAGAUGAAGGUUGUGAUCAAACAGUUUACACAUUCACGAUACUCAUUGCUGGCCUUUUUGCGGAGCACCAAAAUGAGGAGGCUUUGAAAUUGUGGGACGUGAUGAUUGACAAAGGGAUCACUCCAAACGCAGCAUCAAUCAGGGCUCUAUCUACUGGACUUUGUCUCUCGGGCAAAGUGGCUAGAGCUUGUAAAAUCUUGGAUGAAUUAGCACCAAUGGGUAUCAUUCCUGAUUCAGCUGUCGAAGAUAUGAUCAAUGUGUUGUGCAAAGCUGGCCGUAUUAAGGAAGCUUGUAGAUUGGCAGAUGGAAUUGUCGAUAGGGGUCGUGAAAUACCGGGAAAAAUACGGACUAUUUUUAUUAAUGCCUUGAGAAAGGCAGGGAGCGCAGAUUUGGCCUUGAAGUUGAUGCACAGCAAGAUUGCUAUUGGCUAUGACCGAGUCGGCAGCGUCAAAAAAAGAGUUAAAUUCCAGACUCUUGUUGAUAGUUGAGUCUUAGGGAAUUCUCUUGUUGCACUGUAUUUAGCGUCAAUUCUACCGUUUGUCUAUGCAAUAAGCUGGGUAAAAUUGUGGCAGAGCCGCAAAAUCUGGGGUUCUCACCCUUAUAGUCUACCUGGGCCUUGUUGAAGUUGUGAUUCCAGAAUCUGUCAGACCCGGUUCUAUUGAUUCUGUACUGGCAAUAGGAGUAGGAAAAUUUGAUUAACUACCUUAAGCUCCUUGUUGCCAAUGAUUCUACAAAGGUGUUUCGAGUGCAUCAAAAGGUCCAUCCAGGUCGUUUGAUGGAAAAAAUUGAGUGCAAGAAUUGGUUGCAUAGAGCAUUUGGUCAGUUUUUGUUCAACUCAAAGUAUGAGCUACUGCUUCAGCAACGCUCUGCCACAAAGGCGACGUUCUCCCUUGUAUGGACGAACACCUGCUGGAGCCACCCAUUGUACCAGGAGUCUGAGCUUCUUGGGGCGAGGAAUGCUGCACAAAGGAAGCUCCUGGACGAGGUGGGCAUUCCUGCUGAAGACGGGCCUGUUGAUGAAUUCAUUCCUCUGGGUCGAAUGCUGUGUAAGCCACCUUCUGAUGAGAAGUGGG